UCAUGAAAGUUUGAUUUGUGAAAUAUAAGCACUGCACAGUUGAACUAGCAUUUGUGCCUGUAUAGAUAACUUUUCAUCGUUUCCUGCAUCUGAAACCAUUUGCUUUCGUCUCUCAUGAUUUGAUGGUUUUAGACCAUUUGCUAUCAUCUCUUCUCAUGAAUAUGCAAUCUUUUCAUCUUCUCGUGCUUUUAUAUCCAUUUGAUCUUCAUGGAAGUUUGAUUUUUCUGGACCAACUGUUCCUUUUGUUGAAGUUCAUAAACCAGGAAAUAUAGGCACAGCACAGUUCUACUAGCAUUUGUGCCUGCGCAGAUAACUUUCCAAGUUUCAAUCCUAUCCUGCAUCUGAAAGAUUGAAACCAUUUGUUAUUAUCUCUCAUGAUCUUGGUGGUUUGAGGCCAUUUGCUUUUAUCUCCUCUCACGAAUAUGAAACCUUUAUUUGGUUCUUAUCAUGGAUGAACUUUGGUAUCUGAAGCAUGAUUGUUAUGAUUCGCAAUACAUGUUCUUCUGGUAGGUUGGAAAGAAGCACUAAAUUGGACCAAUGGGGCGUGGAAAAGUAGAGCUGAAAAAGAUUGAGAAUCCAACGAACCGGCAAGUUACCUUCUCCAAGAGGAGGAUGGGGCUGUUCAAGAAGGCAAACGAGUUAGCUAUUCUUUGUGAUGCACAAAUUGGAGUCAUCAUAUUCUCUGGCAGUGGCAGGAUGUAUGAAUACUCAAGCUCCCCAUGGAGAAUAGCAAACAUAUUUGACAGAUACCUGAAAGCCCCUAGCACCCGUUUUGAGGAGAUGGACAUCCAGCAGAAAAUCAUCCAGGAGAUGACUAGGAUGAAGGAUGAGAGGAACAGGCUCAGGAUCAUCAUGGGACAGUACAUGGGGGAGGACCUGGCCUCGUUCUCUGUGGAAGAUCUGAGCAACCUUGAACAGCAGAUGGAGUUUUCGCUGUACAAAGUUCGCCUCAGGAAGCAAGAGCUACUUGACCAGCAGCUGCUGGAGAUGCGCCACAGGGAGAUGCACAUGUCAGAAGAACAGAGCGGCUACCUGUGCCUGAUGAACCCGGCCGCGAGGGGGCAGUGCCAGGCGGCCGAGAUGUCCGGGAACCCGAGGCCGUUCCCGUGGUGGGACGCGGGGGCCAGUGCCAGCGGCAGCGGCAGCCAGAGCAGCCAGCGGCCGCACGGCCGGGACGCCGAGCCGUCGGUGACGGCGCUGCAGCUGUCGCCGCACCUGCACGGGUACAGGCUCCAGCCGCGGCAGCCCAACCUGCAGGACGCCAACCUCCAUGGCUGGCUCUGAUUGCUCGGGCAGAUGGACCUGAACGAGGACGCUGAACUUACUCCUCUGCUUGUGACCUGCUCUGGUAGAGCUUCUUGAAGUCUUCUUCCACAGCUUCAGUCUAUGACUCUACUUACCCAGUUACCCUUCACUUGUGCUGUGUGAUGACAUCGCUCCUUGGAAAGUUGGAUUUGUUUGGACGUCGUGAAUGAGAACAGUAGCGGUUGUUGUA